UCCUAAUCAGUUGAAGUUGAAUCCUGCGAAUUUUUGUGAGCGUAAUUGUGAUAUUGCACUCGUGAUUUUCCAAUUCGGUCUUCUGCUUCUAUUUCUUGCGAAGAAAAAAAGAAAAAAUGGCUUGGUUGCCACUGGAAUCUAAUCCCACCGUAAUGAACAAGUUCAUGCAAAGUCUAGGUGUUCCAGACACGGUCCAAAUUGUUGAUGUCUAUGGGAUUGAUCCUGAUUUACUAGCUGUUGUUCCUAGGCCAGUUUUAGCUCUUAUAAUGCUAUUUCCUUGUUCUGAUAAGCAUUCGGAGUACAAAACUGAGCAGGAGAAGGAAAUAGUUAAAAAAGGUCAAACCGUCUCAGAAAAUCUGUUCUUCCUAAAGCAGUAUGUUCAUAAUGCAUGCGGCACCAUCGCUCUCAUUCACAGUUUAGCAAAUAAUCAAGAAAGGGUUACAAUUAAAGACGGUUAUUUGAAGGAGUUCCUAGACCAGGCAAAAGACCUUAAUCCAGAAGAUAGAGGGCAUUUGUUGCAAAAAUCUGAAGGCAUUAUCAACACCCACAAAGAUAUUGCUGUAGAAGGACAAACAGAGGCACCUGAUCCAACAGAUCCUGUUCCAUACCAUUUUAUUGCUUUAGUUGAAAAAGAAGGCAGCUUGUAUGAACUUGAUGGUCGCAUGUCUUUCCCAGUCAACCAUGGUCCAUCCAGUCCGGAUACGAUAUUAGAGGAUGCAGUCAAAGUUGCCAAAACGUACAUGGAUCGUGAUCCAAAUAAUUUACACUUCACACUAGUUGCUUUAACCAUGGAUUCCUAGGAUCUGACUUUUUUAAUUUUCUUCCGUUUUGUGAUUUUACCAAAUUAUUUUAAUAUCUUUACUCUCUUUGCGUUAAAUUUUUUAACUUGUGGAAGUAUUCCUCUUUCAUAUCUCCUAUUAUAAUGGUAAUGUCAUCGCCUAGUUAUAUUUUUCUCUCAGCAUUGUUCCAACCAGUUACAAGCCAUUUCCAAUCUUAUGUUCUCUCAUUGAAUAAUGCGUACACUUUACAAGGUUAUGGAUUACAAGGAUUUAUUUUCUGAUGUACGCUCUCUUCUAAGGAAAGGUGUUAUCACUUAUGGAAUUUGGAAUUGCUUAUUUAUACUGUUUUAACUUAAUUUUAUAUUUUUUUCUCACCCUUUAAAAUUUGCUUCCUGUGGUUUAUAUAAUUUUUUCAUAAAGUUUUCUACUGAUCUUUGAUUGUUCUAAAAAUAAAAAUCACAUUUUUCUUUUUACAAAAA